AUGGAAGAUAACAUUUUUAGAUAUAUUUAUAGUUGUUCAUUAGAACAUCGUGUGCAAAUAAAAAUUGGCACAUUAGAUGGUGUAAAUAGCUUAAAAAAAUACAAUUAUGAAGAAUUAUUAAGAAAUCCAUUGUUGAAGUUUUCUGGAUUAUAUUCAGAAACUUGUGCUCCGCUAAUGGUGAAAAUUCAAUGUUUUAAUAAUGGAAAGCCAUUUGGAUUACCUGUUACAACUUCAUACAAACCAUUUACGAAACGAUCAAGUUGGAAUGAAUGGAUUACUCUUCCAUUUUCAUUUUGUGAUCUUCCUCGAACAGCUGUUUUUGGUUUUACUAUUUAUGACUGUACUGGACCAGGUCAAAUGGCAGUUGUAGGUGGCACGGUAAUAUCUGUUUUUGGAAAACAUGGAAUAUUUCGAGAAGGUAUGUUCGAUUUGAAAGUUUGGCCAAAUACUGAGGCUGAUCCAUCAAAUGAAUCAAAAACACCUGGAAAAGGUAAAGAGUCAGAUCAACAUCAAAUGCAACGAUUAGCAAAACUCGCAAAGAAACACCGUAAUGGACAAAUUCGGAAAGUAGAUUGGCUUGAUCGAUUAACAUUUAGAGAAAUAGAACUUAUAAAUGAAAGAGAAAAACGAGAAUCUGAUUACUUGUAUCUUAUGAUUGAGUUUCCAACAGUCACAUUCAACGAAAACAACUAUUCAAUAGUUUAUUUUGAACCUACCGGUGAUAGAAGGUUCACAUUUGUUUCGAAACCAAAGUUAGUUACAGUUCCUGAUACUGAAAUUCUUCAGGAAAAUCUUGUUGAAAGAAAACAUCAUCGUCUUGCACGUUCAGCUCGUUCUGGACUUUCGGAUCGCGAUGCAAAACCAACUGCACACAUUCGUGAUCAGCUUCAUACAGUUGUUUAUCGAUAUCCGCCAACAUUCCAACUUAGUGGAGAAGAGCAAGAUUUGAUUUGGAAGUAUCGCUUUUAUCUCAGCACACAAAAGAAAGCGCUUACCAAGUUCUUAAAAUGCAUCAAUUGGCAAACACCAACAGAAGUCCGACAAGCUCUUAAUUUGCUCGAUUUAUGGACACCAAUGGAUGUUGAAGAUGCACUCGAGCUAUUGAGUCCAAACUUUCAACAUCCCUCUGUUCGUCGCUACGCUAUCACGAGACUUAAACAAGCACAAGAUGACGACUUGCUACUUUAUCUCUUGCAGUUAGUUCAAGCUUUGAAAUAUGAGAAUUUUGAUGACAUUUCCGAGUCUUAUCAGCGAAUGACUAAUGAAAAAGAUGUUUUAAAGUCAUUAGACGAUAAUAACUCAGCAAAUGAUCAAAGCUCUGAUUCGAUGGCUCAAUCAAUGACAUCACAACAGCUUCUAAGUGAGACAGAAGAAAUUAUGGUUCCACCUUUAAUUCAACAGCCAAUCAUGUCAACUUCGGUAUUUUACGAUCAACCUGAUAUUGGAUCACAAUCAAUUGAUGACGAUGGAGCUUCCGAAAUGUCAAACACUUUAAUGAACUCGAAAACUUCAUAUCAAUGCGAUCUUGCAACGUUUCUUAUUCAAAGAGCUUGUAAGAAUCCAACAUUAGCGAGUUACUUUUAUUGGUAUCUCUCGAUUGAAUGUGAAGAUCAUGAAGCAAUUCGCAAACAAGAUGAACGUGUCAAAGAAAUGUAUGUUAAAGUGUUGGAAAUUUUUAAGACGACACUUUCAACUGGUCCCACAGACUUGAAGAUUAUUCAUGCGAAUUUAAAGAAGCAACAAUGUUUCAUUGACAAUCUCGUGAAGUUAGUGAAACUUGUGACGAAAGAAUCGGGAAGUAGGAAGAAGAAAACUGAAAGAUUUCAACAACUUUUGAAUGAUUCCGACGAGUUCAAGAUCAAUUUCACAAACUUCGAACCUCGUCCACUUCCAUUAGAUCCUGAAAUCUUCAUCAAAGGAAUUAUCCCGUCGAAAGUUUCACUCUUCAAAAGUGCACUAAUGCCUUCGAAAUUAACAUUUUUAACAACAACAGAACAGGAAUAUGUUGCGAUCUUUAAACAUGGAGAUGAUCUAAGACAAGAUCAAUUAAUUCUUCAAAUGAUAACAUUGAUGGAUAAACUUUUGAGAAAAGAAAAUCUUGAUUUAAAGUUGACACCUUAUCGAGUUCUUGCAACUUCAACAAAACAUGGAUUCAUGCAAUAUGUUGAAUCAAUAACAGUAGCCGAAGCACUUGCAAAUGAAGGUUCCAUCUUGAAUUUCUUUAAAAAAUAUAAUCCUUGUGAGACAACUGCCAACGGGAUUCAAUCAGAUGUCAUGGACACAUAUAUCAAGAGCUGUGCUGGGUAUUGUGUGAUUACAUAUCUCCUUGGAGUCGGCGAUCGUCAUUUAGACAAUUUAUUGUUGACAACAAAUGGAAAUCUUUUUCAUAUAGACUUUGGAUAUAUUUUGGGACGUGAUCCAAAGCCACUUCCACCUCCAAUGAAGUUAAGCAAAGAAAUGGUAGAAGCUAUGGGCGGAAUGAAUUCUGAACCUUAUCACGAAUUCCGAAAACAAUGCUAUACUGCUUUUUUGCAUUUACGACGUCAUGCUAAUGUAAUGUUGAAUUUGUUCUCGCUUAUGACAGAUGCUUCUGUUCCCGAUAUUGCCCUCGAACCUGAUAAGGCUGUAAAGAAGGUCGAGGAUAACUUGAAACUCAAUUUAACUGACGAAGAAGCUGUGCAACACUUGCAAAACUUACUUGACAUUUCUUUAACCGCUGUUAUGCCAGCGUUGGUUGAGCAAAUUCAUAAAUUUGCUCAAAAGUUUAGAUAUUAAAAAAUGAGUAUGACUAUGGACAUUCGCUUGAAAAAAGCAAAUAAAACAUAUUAUGAAGGAGAUUUAGUAAAAGGAAGUGUCAUAAUAAAUUCCACAUCUGAGGCAAAAGCUGAUGGAUUGACAGUAAAUAUUGAAGGUUUCGUUGCAAUGCAAGUAUCAAAUAAAAAUACGGGUGUAUUUGAUGCAUUUUACAAUUCUGUGAACAAACCAAUAACUUUAAUUAAUCAGUCAUACCAACUUUUACCCGCGGGUGCUAAAAUUGUAUUGGGAUUGAAUGAAUAUGAUUUUGAAUUUGAGUUGAAAACUAAAGGCGAAAGACUCUAUGAAACCUAUCAUGGUGUUUUUGUAUCAAUCACUUAUUUUAUUAAGGCUGAGCUUAAAAGGAAAUUUUUAGCAAAAGACUGCUUAUCAAGAGUUCAGUUUUUUGUUCAGGAAUUACCAAAACCUAUUGAACGUACAUCUCAAGUUCCUGUUCACUUCUCAAUAAGCCCAGAAACACUACAAAAAUCAUCAAAAGAACGAAUAUCCAUUCCACGAUUUCUGAUAACAGGAACAAUUGACUCAACAAUGUGUUGUUUAACGAAACCACUUAAUGGAUUCAUCACCAUCCAUCAUUCUGAAAUUCCUGUAAAAUCCAUUGAAAUUCAACUAGUGAGAGUUGAAACUUGUGGAUGUGCUGAAGGCUUCAGUAAAGAUGCAACAGAAAUCCAGAAUCUUCAAAUCGCUGAUGGAAACGUUUGUCCGAAACUUCAAAUUCCUAUUUAUAUGACAUUUCCACGUUUGUUUACUUGUCCCUCACUUCAAACUAGAAAUUUUAAAAUCAACUUUGAGAUAAAUCUCGCAGUUAUUUUUAAAGAUGACUACUUAAUUAACGAGAACUUUCCGAUUCAAGUUUUUAGAACUCAAUAA